CAGUCAAUCCUGGGUCGUCCACCUUCUCCGAUCUCCAUUUCCUUCCCCAAAACCAAACCGGGGAAGAGAAGAGGAGGAGAUCUCACUCCUGCACCUCCUCCCGCUCCAAUGGCGUCGCCACGCACCAACCCUGCCCCCUGCCUUCUCCUCCUCGUCGUCGCCCUGCUGCCGAUCCACGCCGCCCUCUCCGCGGCCGCGCCUUCCCCGGCCUACUCCACCCACUGCCCCGCCUUGCCCGCCGCCGCGGACCUCCUCAGGGGCAACGACAAAGACAACGACGACGGCGACGGCUCCGCCCACACGCUCCAGGUAUCCUCGCCCACGCUGCAACUCUCCACGGGCUACUUCUCCGGCGGCGGGGAGCGCCUCUUCGGCCCGGACCCGUCCUUCCGCCCGCGUUCCUUCUCGCUCCUCCCUUCCUCCGUGCUCCGCACCGCCGACCCCAACCUCCUCCACGUCACCGCGGCUCUCACCGUCUCCGGCGGCCGCCGCCCUUUCCUGCCGCCGCGCGGCGGGCGGCACCUCUUCCAGGUCGACGGGCAGACACACCGGUUCCGGCCCCGCCUACCGCGCUUCGUUGGCCGCCGCGGCACCCUCACCUUCGAGCUCGACGGCUACUACUCCUCCGCCUCCGGGGACCUCUGCAUGGUCGGCUCGGGAUCCGGCCGCGCCGCCGACGGCACCCCCGUGCGCCUCGUCCCCGCCGUGCUUCGCCUCCGCUUCCCCAGCCCCGCCAACCUCACCAGCUCCUUCGUCACCGGCCGCCUCCAGAGCACGGACUCCGACUCGUUCGACCCCGUCUCGCUCCUCGCCUACGCCGAGGAAGGGUACGCCUACGCCGAGAGCGCCUCCUGCCCUCAGGUAACACCCGCUGCGCGGAGCGCCCGUGAUGUGUUCGACGGGAGGAAUUUCUCGUGCAGCAACCUCAAGUCAGCGCUCAAAACGGCGUUCAGACUGGACUAUGCGAACGGCGGGCAGUUGGCCGCCUCCUCGCUGGGGAUCCACCAAAGGUACAUGUUCGUCAACCGAAUCCACUGCGCCGCCGACGGUGCUGUGCGUGCCUAUGUGGCGUUCUCAAACGUUUCGGAUUUUUCCAUGUAUUACUUCAUGGUCGGUGAGAAGGCGAUCGUGGCAGAGGGGUUCUGGGAUCAGAAUGCUAACCGGCUUUGCCUGAAAGGGUGUCAUGUGGUGAAUUCAGGACCAUCCCGUGCCGAGUUGGCGGUGGGUGAGUGUGGGAUUGGGAUGAGCUUCUGGUUCCCGGCAUUGUGGUCGAUUCAGGAACGGAGCAUUUCUGCAGGGUUGGUUUGGAAUACAAGCCUGAAAAGUGAGGAAGGCAUUGUUGGACAUUCCAAUGCAGCUCCGAACUUCAGGGGCAACAUUGCUGGUCUGAAGUAUAACUACACCAAAGUUGACGAGGCAAAAAAGUAUUACAAGGAGUCUGGCCUGAACAAGGCGAGGAAGGGAAAGUUCCCGGAUAGCAGUUCUUAUCGUGACUUGGCAUUCAGGUUCUACUUGCGGAAAGGAAGUGGUUCUGGAUACGCAUCACCGGUCACUAUUGGGUCAAUGUUGUAUGAUGGGAACUCGUUGGUGGUGCCUACCCUUUUCUCUCGCAAUGCAACGAUGGAGAUGAAGCAGAAGGUACUUAAUGUCAGCUAUGACAUUUACUAUGUUGGGAAUUGGUCACUGGAAACAUUUAGUCGUCAGCAUAUCUCGGCAGAGGGUGUUUAUGACACUGAGACAGGCACUCUGUCCCUGGUCGCAUGCCGAGAGGUUAACGUCUCAUCAGACUGUAAAAUUAUGUUAACUGCUCAGUUUGCUACUUUGGAUGCAAAAGCGACACAGCAUGUCCAGGGCAAAAUUAAGAGCUUGAGGGAGAAGACUGACCCUCUUUUCUUUGAAACACUGGACAUUGCUUCAUAUGGGAUGUACACAGACCAAGUGGAAAAAUCAAUAUGGAGAAUGGACUUGGAAAGCACCAUGGCCCUGAUCUCAAUGACAUUAUCGUGUAUCUUCAUUGCUGUGCAGCUAUUCCAUGUCAAGAAGGUUCCUGAAGCACUUCCUGCCAUGUCAAUCACUAUGCUCGUUGUUCUCGCUUCAGGUUACAUGAUCCCUCUUGUGCUGAACUUUGAGGCUCUCUUCAAGAACAACAACAAACAAACAUUUCAGUUCUCAGAUGGCGGUUGGCUUGAGGUGAAUGAAGUUAUGGUGCGUAUCAUUACCAUGGUAACAUUUCUGCUACAAUUGCGCCUUCUUCAGUUGGCAUGGUCCGGGCGAUCUGUGGAUGGAAGCAAACAUGAGAUAUGGGUUGCAGAGAAGAAAGUGCUCUGGAUUUGCUUGCCAUUGUACAUCCUAGGGGGAGUUGUAGCUUCGGUUGUCCACGUGAGAUCUAACCAUAGAGGAAGGAUGUUAAGGCACGUUGCUCGCAUCAUGCCGGUACGACAUGCAUUCUGGGAGGACCUUGUGUCUUACGGAGGAUUAAUACUUGAUGGGUUCUUGCUCCCCCAGGUCAUCUUGAAUGUGUUCUCAGCCUCCAAAGUCAGAGCUCUUUCCCCAGGAUUUUACAUUGGUAGCGCCUUAAUCCGUGCACUGCCUCAUGUAUACGAUGUGUUCAGGGCCCGGCAUUUCGUGCCUAGCUUGAGACCAUCUUACAUAUAUGCAAGCUCCCAUGAUGAUCUCUUCAGCCUGGCAUGGGACAUCGUCAUACCCUGUGGAGCAGUACUGCUGGCAUUGCUUCUGUUCUUCCAGCAGCGGCUUGGGGGUACCUUCUUCCUUUGUUCAAAGAACAGGAAGUCGAGCGAAUAUGAAAUGGUUUCCACGGCAACUUCGCCGUGAGAUAAAUAGAGGAAGCUUUUACAUGUAGAGUAAGAGAGAUAGUUGUUCUGUUUCCUGAUGGACGUCAUGUUUAUUUUACAAGCGCUCUUGUUUUCAGCAAAAUUAGUCACAUGCAUGUAUACGAGAGAAGAAAACAGACAGGCAAAGUUCGGUUCUUAAUUAGCUACUCCUUUCUUCAUGUUACUGUCCAGCUUUAUUACCCUUGUUGACCGUUCUGGCUCCAGAGACAGCUCUGGUGGAUCUGUAUAGCGAAUUACUUGAAAUCUGCUUCUGUUUUUCCAUC